AAAAAAAACCGCCCCCGACCCCGACUCCGUGACAGGCUGACAGCUGCCAGCGCUCCCGACUCCCGAUUCCGCCGCCACCGCUGCCGGCUGCCUCGCAGGCGACGAGGGCUGCCGCAGGCGCUCGGCGCCGGAUCCAGGGUUGGAGUAGACACGGCGGCGGCUGCGGUGGCUCAAGGUGGGACUCACUGGUUGUGCAAAUACCUAGUUUUAAAUUAUUGAAAGUGGGAGCAUGAAAGGGGUCAGGACAACAUUGAUUUUGGACAAACAAGAUGGAACCAUCCUCACAGCCUCAGCCAGUGAUGGGUGUUGGGUCACAACCUUAUCCUGCUGCUGCUUCCUAUGCAGCACCCACAAUGGUAGCUGGAGCUCCUGCUGUUCCUCCUGGCUCACAGCCAGCAGCACAAUUCCCCAAUCCAGCUCAACUCAGUGCUCAGCACCAGAUGGUCUACCAGCAGGCUCAGCAAUUUCACCAUCAACUUCAGCAACAGCAGCAACAGCAGCUCAGGGAGUUCUGGACUACCCAGAUGGAUGAGAUUGAACAAACAACUGACUUCAAGAACCACACCUUGCCACUUGCAAGGAUAAAGAAGAUAAUGAAGGCUGAUGAGGACGUGCGGAUGAUCUCUGCAGAAGCUCCUGUUGUCUUUGCGAAGGCAUGCGAGGUAUUCAUAUUAGAGCUGACAUUGAGGUCAUGGAUGCACACAGAGGAGAACAAGCGCCGGACCUUGCAGAAGAACGACAUUGCAGCUGCCAUCACCAGGACUGACAUAUAUGACUUCCUGGUGGACAUAAUCCCAAGGGAUGAAAUGAAAGAGGAGGGACUCGGGCUUCCAAGAGUUGGCCUGCCGCCUGCUAUGGGGGCCCCAGCUGAUCAUAGUUCUUAUCCAUAUUACUAUGUGCCAGCACAGCAGGUGCCAGGAGCAGGUAUGAUGUAUGGUGGCCAGCAGGGUCAGCCAAUGACGUAUAUGUGGCAGAAGCCACAAGUGCCAGAGGAAGAACCCUCCGAAGAGCAGCAGCAGCAGUCUCCCUGAAAGUAGCCAAGAGAUGAUAACAGCAAAGCAAUUACAUCUUGGUCUGAACUUAGGCCUCUAAAUAUGAUUUGGUUAUGUUAAUUUGUGCCGAUGAUUGCUGGCUGAAACAGUUGUCGUUAAUUAGGUCUUUGGGUUUCCUGAUGGUAGUUUCGACUCCCAACUGCCAUGGCAGCAGUAGAAAAUGAUUGUGAUUUGGUAGGUGAUUUGCAAACUAAUGUAGUAAGAUUACCCUUUUCUGUCUAAUCCAAUAUACCAACUGUUGGGCCAGUGGAAGGCCCUUGUAUGAACGGAGUGGUGGAACUUCAUGCGACACCUGUGUUUGCUUGCCUUA